UCGGGAGGAGGCGGCCCCGAGAGGGUGGAACUCGUGACGCUUUGCCUAGGAUUCUGGCUCCUCUCACUGGUCUGCUCGCGGCUCCUGCGGGAAGAGUGUAGCCGAUUCCGAGGGGAACCGCAGCAAUGACUUCCGUGCUGUCCUACGAAAGCUUGGUCCACGCCGUUGCCGGGGCCGUGGGCAGCGUGACAGCAAUGACAGUGUUCUUUCCUUUGGAUACAGCUCGGCUUCGGCUGCAAGUUGAUGAGAAAAGAAAGUCCAAAACCACACACAUGGUGCUUCUGGAGAUCAUUAAAGAAGAAGGCCUGUUGGCCCCAUAUCGAGGGUGGUUUCCAGUUAUCUCCAGUCUCUGCUGCUCCAAUUUUGUCUAUUUCUACACUUUUAAUAGCCUCAAAGCAGUCUGGGUCAAAGGUCAACAUUCUACUACUGGGAAAGAUCUGGUAAUUGGAUUUGUUGCAGGAGUGGUGAAUGUGUUGCUGACGACGCCGCUCUGGGUGGUAAAUACCAGACUGAAGCUGCAAGGGGCAAAGUUUAGGAAUGAAGACAUUGUACCAACCAACUAUAAAGGUAUUAUUGAUGCUUUCCACCAAAUCAUUCGAGAUGAAGGGUUCUUGUCUUUGUGGAACGGCACGUUUCCCUCCUUGCUGUUGGUUUUCAAUCCUGCCAUCCAGUUCAUGUUCUAUGAAGGCUUAAAACGGCAGCUUUUAAAGAAACGAACAAAGCUUUCUUCUUUGGAUGUGUUCAUCAUUGGUGCAGUAGCCAAAGCAAUUGCCACCACAGUCACCUAUCCCUUGCAGACGGUACAGUCCAUUCUGAGGUUUGGACGUCACAGGCUCAACCCCGAAAACAGAACACUGGGGAGUCUUCGCAAUGUUCUCUAUCUUCUUCACCAGCGAGUAAGGCGGUUUGGAAUAAUGGGACUCUACAAAGGCCUUGAAGCCAAACUGCUGCAGACAGUCCUCACUGCUGCUCUCAUGUUCCUUGUGUACGAGAAGCUGACGGCUGCGACCUUCACAGUUAUGGGGCUGAAGAGUGCGCACAAGCAUUGAGACACCUUCCCCUGCAGAGUGAGGCAAGGUGCUCGAGAUGGGAGUUUCCUUCCGUGAGAGGAGAAGUGAUUUCUUUUUUUACUCGUGCUCUUUCCACCGUGAACGUUUACCCUCAUUGGCUUCAAAGGCAUUUAAGGGUAACAUGGAGUAUAGCCAGCUGAACCGGUUUACCAACUUAAUUUUUAUGAUGGUUGGUUGAAUUCUCUGGGGGAGGCUGGGCUAAUGGUCAUGUGAAGAGAAAGCAUUAUUGACAACCUAAAAUUUUAAGUGCAGGGGGAGGGGGUGUUAGUUUUCCACAAGGAGAAAGGACUGUUGCUGUCACGUGUAAUCUUUUUCCCGUUAAAAAUCUUUAAGUUUACCAGCUGUUCUCUUUCCCUGAACCCUUCCCCAGGUUCUAGGACAAAUUUAAUACUAUGAAAUUCUCCUCAUAUACCUUUUAUGUCUUAAUCUUGGUAUUUUCCUCACCAAAAAUAAUAAUAUGACUAUGCCAGGGGAGUAUGGUUUUAUUUUUGUUGGGCUUUUUUCCCCCUGCUUAAAGAAAAGUGUCUUCUUUAGUAUAUGAGCUAUUUAUUUGGGGAGAGAAAUGAAAAUUAUUAAUCCCACGUGAUUCUCUUAUAAGCUCUUUGUAAACAUUACUUAUUGAUUAGUAUAUGACAAUUUUAAAAUAUUUAUUUUGAGUCAACUCUUUUAUAACAAAAGGCUUGAAGUUUUAUGUUCAGCCAUAAAGCCCCAAUAAAUUGUCAGCACCAAGGACAUGCCCUUUAUUAAGCUAUUACAUUGGGUUUUCAACUAGCUGGUAAAAGUCACAAAAAAAAGGGGAAGGAAGCAAAUAUCUUGUUUAGGCUCUGGAAUAUUAUCUCCCUUUGCAAACUGUUGGAGGAAGCUGUAUUUUUUUUUGUUUUUGUUUUUUUAUUUUUGUCAGUGAACAUCUGAUUAAGGUUAUUUCUAUUUGAAAACAUUUCUUAGAGUCCUGCUACUCAAGAGUGUGGUGCAUCAAGCAGUAGCAUAGACAUCACCUGAGAGUUGGUUGGACAUGUAGUCCCAGACCUUUUGAAUUAUAUUCUGCAUUUUAACAAGAUCUACAGGUGAUAAAAGUUUGAGCACCGGCCUGCGAACCAAAGGGUCACCUGUUUGAUUCCCAGUCAGGGCACAUGCCUGGGUUGUGAGCCAAUUCAUGCCCCCAGUAGGGGGCGGGCAAGAGGCAACCACACAUUGAUGUUUCUCUCCCUCCUUCUCUUCCCACCUCUCUAAAAAUAAAAAUAAAUAAAUAAAAUCUUUAAAAAUAAAGUUUGAGAGACCUUAGUGCACCUGACCCAACAGAAAAUAGAAUUGUUUUCAAUUAUAGAAACCAAGACAAAGAUUUUUCUCAAAGGAAAGAUGGACUAAUGAAUUAAAGCAACCUCUGAAAAAAGCUAGAGUCCUAUGUCAUCAUUUACUUUUCUUUACAGCACAGGGGGUAGGACUUGCACUGUGUAGCUAGGAGUGAAUUUAGACAUCUGAAGCCACUCAAGAAGCAAACUCUUGACAUUAGUAGAACAGCUUUUUAGGCUCCUAUGAAUUGUGUUUUGUCCC